GUCGGCUGUCACGGAUAUGUUGAUGCAGCGUGCGGUACCGGUGAAGGUUUCAGUGAUGUCGACCUUUGCGGGCCCCGUGUGUUAGUUGCAGAAUGGUGAUCGUCCCAAAACGAUGCGAUUCCGGAACCCCAGGAGGGCCCCACACCGCCUCCCAUAAAUGACAUGGGUCAGAAGCCGUCCCAUCAAUUGGGUGGCGGCAUCAACAAAAAGUUACCAUUCUCGCUCUUCCUACGCGCUCACUCCACCACCCACAACCCCAACCCCGAGCAGCCCAUCCGCUUCCAGUACAAGACGAGGCGGAAGAGCAAGGAUCUCCAGGACUCGAAGCACUCGAACCAGAACGCCGUGAACAACAACAUACAGACGAUCAACAACUUGGGCAAGCAAAACCAAAGCAACAUCUACAACGUGAAGAACACGAACUCGGAGGCAAAGUGUAAGCUGGUGAAGACGCAGAACGGGCCGGUGAGGACCAAAUCGGAACCCAAUCUAGUACCUGAACGAAACAAGCAUAGGCACAGGAGGAAGAUCGGGAAGAUUAAGAACGACUGGAGCGACGACGUGCAGCAGUUCGGAUACGAAAUACAAGACGUCGACGCUUUUCUGACCAAGGCAACGAUGGAAAAACCAGCCAAUAUUCCCGUGGUACUGGCGUUUCCUAGUGUGCUUUAUCAGACGAGAAUUGGAGGAUAUCAAGCAGAAAUAUCUCUACCUCUUGGGAUGGUUGUAAACGCGGUUUUUAAGAACAAACGUUGGUUGUACGUCCAAACACCUCACGCAGAAGAAGGAUACGUUAGUUAUGCGGCGUGUCUUCCUUUAGGCAUAUUGCCACCUCCAGAGGACGACAAACCGGCCCCGUGCUGGGAAAAGAGUUCCGACGUCUUCCCCAAACCUUCGGGCAACAUGACGGACACAGAGAAGUUAAGUUCCCAAUCGGACUGCGGCGGCGGAGGAAGGUGUCGUAACCGAUCCCGGAACGCCACCAGCACUUGUGGGGAGAGAAGCGUUGACAGACUUUACCUACGAGCGGCUGCCAUCGCUAAAAGUAGGGGCGUGAGGCAGACAUUAUUGGUGAUAGUGAGUGACUUUAAGGGCAGCGGAGACAACGAGAUCUCCGUGAAGAAGGGGGAGGUUGUGUUCUUGUUGGAUUCCCAAGUGGAGGGAUGGUUUUACGUUAAAAACAAGGAAGGUGUGGAGGGGUUUAUACCGGCUGCCAUUGCUGGGCAUGGUUUCUUGUAAAUAUGUA